UAUAUUUUAUUUAUAAACAGGUUGUAGGGGACGAUUUAAUGCUAGGACAGUUUAUUUUUAUUUAGGAUUACUGACAUUUUUAAAUUUACUAUUGUAAACGUGUAUUAAUCAUGAAAACAGUGUGUAUUGGGCCAGGAAAACCUUGAGGAGGGGCGAACGGAGAAAGAAGAAGAGUGCUCAUUGAGAUGACCAUAAGACAGGAUGACCAAAGGCGAGCAUGGUCCAAUAUUGAAGACUUUCUAUAGUCAAACCCGACAAAACCGCUGUCCCCGUGAGACGUAAUCUGUGGUUAUAGUAGACCUGAAAUUAACAACAUCUUACACAUACACGAAGAACGAACUGUGAAAUAGGGUUUAUAACUUGAUAAUGGGGAUACAUGAAGAAAAAGGAAUGGCUAAUUAUUGUUUUCAAUUACGGACGUUAUUUCUAAAAGAAUAAAAUGAGUGGUAGUACUGUGGUGGAAGAUCCGGGAAUUCCACUAGUAGACCGCCGGAAUGGGAAAUAUAAUAAAUACGUGCAAGACGACAGCCAGAACGGAAGUCAUGCAGAUCUAUCAGCACUGGGGCCUCCUGGGAAAUUUGAUAAUAUUAGUUAUCGACUAAGUCGACGAAAGUUACUGAUCAAACGACGUCGGAUUUGUGUGAAUAUAGAAUGCACACUGGCCUUGAUAGGGGUCAUUGUCAUGUUAGUAGAAAAUGAACUUAUAUUUGCACACAAGAUAACAAAAGCAGAUGCAGUAUCUAUAAUUUUAAAGAGCGGUGUAUCCGUAUCGACCCUCUUACUUUUAAUGGCUGUAAUUGGAUACCACGCGAUUGGCAUACAACUGCACAUGACCGACAAUAGUCUAGAAGACUGGCGACUAGCAGUUAACUUUCCCUUUACAUUUUUGAAAAUCUUAAUCGAGCUGAUGGUAUGUGCUAUUCAUCCAAUCCCAGGCAAUAUAACAACACACGUGACCGAUCCUAAAAGUGAAGGUCAUGAUGUUUCUAUAGAUGCUAUUUUAUCAAUUCUCAUGCUGAUGAGAUUUUAUUUAGUAGGGAAAUUUCUGGUGGUGCACAGUCGACUUCUUACUAAUACAGCUACACAGAGUCUGGGGGCAUUAAACAAAGUCAAGAUCAAUACAGUUUUUAUUUUCAAAGCGUUAAUGUCCACUAUGCCAGGUACGAUCCUUAUAUUUAUCAUGAUUGCAAUUCUACUCUCUAGCACGUGGGCAAUGCGCACCUGCGAAAUCUACUACCAUCCUGAUCCAGAGCAUUCAACAUUCUUCAACUGCAUGUGGAUGAUAGCCAUUACAUUUUUAACCGUUGGAUAUGGUGAUAUUUACCCCAACUCUUACUGUGGUAGAUUUGUCGCUGUAUCGACUGGUUUAAUGGGCGUUGGAACAACUGCGCUGUUAGUGGCUGUCCUAGCUCAGAAAUUAGAACAAUCUAGAGCUGAAAAAUACGUACACAAUUUUGUUUAUAGAGCUCAGUUAGAUAAAGAAAGAAAACACGCGGCGUCUGAUGUUAUUAAAUACGUCAUACAGUUAUGGCGAAUGAAAAAACAUAGCGAAGUCAGCGACAGAAAGAGAAUUCGAUUACAUGGAAAACUGUUGCAAGCUAUUUCCAAUAUGAGAGAGGCUAAAAAUGAGAAAUCAUCUAUUGGCGAGAGUGCUAUAGGUGUUAUAGAAAUAUCCAAAUCUGUCAAUGACGUCUAUGAAAUCGUGGAAAAAAUGGAGGAUACGAAUAAAGAAUUGAAAGAUCAAGUUAACAAUAUGGAAUCUAAACUUUCAGAUAUGUCAACUAAAAUGGACGCCUUAUAUACAGCCAUGAUGAGAAAAUGAUAAAGUUAGCUGAUGGAUAAGGGAUUGUAACUCAUUGCAUUAGGAUCAUCAACAUAUUCAUCUCAUAUUCAUACAUAUCUCACCAAAUACCAUUCAGGUAAAAUAUAACAUGCAUCAACUCAAAUGGCCAAAAAUUAAAUCGCCAUUCUAUUUCCUGUAAAAAGAACAAUUAUUUGUCAAGUGGGAAAUAUAUAAUUCCUUUUUUGAUAUAGAAACUUUGAAAACCUUGUAAUCGAAAUGAACUGUUUCAUAAUACUUUCCAGUUGUGAAAGUAGAACUACGUACGGUUUAAAAAUUUCAACUUAAAAUUAUUUGGAAGGAAGGAAGAGGGAAACCAAUUUGCAGUUCUAGACCUGAAAUGAAUAAUGGAAGAAGGCUUUAAUCACAAAUAUCUGUUUAUUCUAUCAAAUUAUAUAGCGGACAUUUAAUUUAUCUUCCUUCGAUGCACCGGUAUAAGUGAAUCAUUUUAGGUAUAUAUUCAUCACCAAGUUGGGAUCCUCAUUAUAAUGGUAUGUACUGAUCACAGAGUCAUUUAGUCUGGAUAAAUAUCAUUGGGACAUCAACACGAAGCAUGGACUUAUUGACCACAAAAUUAGUUACUUUAUAGACCACAAGGAGAAGUCAAAACAUAUGGACGACAAAGAGGAGUCGGGAAUUAUCGCCCAUAAAUAGAUUUCGAAACUUAUCGACCACAAAAAAUUGUAAUCUUAUCAACCACAAAAAGUAGUCGGAACUCAUCGACGAUAAAGUGUAGUCGGUACUCAUCGACGACAAAUGAAUGUCAAAACUUAUCGACGACAAAUAGUAGUCGCGACUUAUCGACAACAAAUAUAUGUCGGAACUUAUCGACCACACAGAGUAUUCGGUAAUUGUCGACCACAAAGAGUAGUCGGAACUUAUCGACCACACAGAGUAGGCGGACAUUGUCGAUCAAAAAGAGAAGCCUGGACUUAUCGACCACAUAGAGUAGUCGGGACUUAUCGAUAGCAAAAUAAUGUCGAAACUAAUUGACCACAAAGAGUCGUCCGGAUCUAUCGACCAUACAGAUGACGGUAUUUACUUCUUUAGCACUUCAGCAUUAUAAUGAUUGAGCUUCCGAGUUCUAAUCAACAUAGCUCUACUUAAUAUCGGUGAAGGAUAGAUAUAGAACUGGAUAAUGCGGGUAGAAUUUGUAGUGAAAGAUAAAUAUGCGACAAAAACAUUGAACUUAUCCAACAGGUAUUUACACACGAUGGCUUUCUUUUCUUUAAAAAAAAAUGGCCAUCACAUAUGGUUUCUUGUAUGCAACAGAAAGAUUAACAUGAAGUAAAGUCAUUUUAAAAAAUAAAUUAAAUUUUUAAGUGUUAAUAGAAAGGGAAAAACACAAGUAUCAUUUUAUAUACCAGUAUUACAAAUAAAGACAGUGACCUGUGUUUUGAUUUACCAAUUUUUAUUUUUAUUCAAUUUAAUACAAAUCAACAAAUCAAUCCAAAACAUUUAUAUUUUGUAUAAUCCAUUCUUUGUUCACUAACACUAACAGGCUUUUUUUUUAUAAAUUCAAAUGCUCGUAUUGUUGACGACACCAAGUCGAUAUUUACUUUUAAAUUAAUUUUUUUUUUUUUUAAAGAUGUCACAAAUUAAAUCUUGCUGGAAAUUUUUUAAAGUAGUGCCGUCCUUUAAAAUUUAACCUUGUAAUAAAAAUAAAUAUGUAAUUGAAUUGUUUAAAAGCUAUACAGAAAAUCAUCCUUUUUUAAAAAUUAUUUGCCAACCAAAUACUCUGUGAAACCAAUCCUCCCUAUAUGAAAAAUAUUGUGUGAUAUAUUUAUAUCAUAGGAUUACUGUCUGCGGAUUAAUUCUAGGUUUAGUCAAUUAACAUAGAGCCUUUAUAUAUGAUAUAAAACUGUUGUCAUUGUAGAAAUUGUAUUGUCUUUUUAUGACCAGUAUUUAUUUGGCAAUCAUUGCAAAUUAUGCUACAGUUAAAACUUUUUUGUCACUGUGGUAAUGGCAAUUUAUUGUUACUGGUUUUGUUUACAGUAAUGGAUGAUUUACCGCUAUAUUAAAUAUAUAAUUAGUAUUCUGAUAUAAUGUUACAUUGUUGCAUAUAGUUCUGAAUGUAUGUAAUUAGACUGGAUAUUGUACAUGCUAUGUAACAUUCUGCGGAAGACAAAUCAACGUAUAUAUAAUUUAAAAGUAAAACCUUUGAUUUUGUAUGUUUUCAUAUGUCUAUAUCACCCUGCUCUUCUCUACAUCAAAUUGCAUUGUGACGUUAAAUAUGCUUGUCCAAAACCCAGAUUUAUUUCCGACGUCAAAAUAAUUGACACAACCUUAUCAAGUUUACUUCCUGUUUGCAUGUAAAGCAAAGAUAAACUAUUGUUUAUAUCAUGAAAUACACUAGAUAUAAUCCCCCACAAUAACGAUUUUCCGACUUUCAUCUUUUUGGUAUUGUAAUAUAUUAGCUGCUCGACACAUUUUGAAUCUCUUUUGAGCUUUUCUAUGAGCUUAAUUCGCCGUUUCAGAAUCUAAAGCAUCAUGGGUAAUUUCAUUGUUCGUACCCCAAAGAGAAAAUAACGUUACGUCAUUGGUUGAAGAAUUUCCAUUGUUUAUAACGUUUUAAACCAAUCAAAACGCUUUGGUGUACGCUUUUGAAAAUAUUACCCAGGAUGCAUUAGAUUCUGAAACGGCGAAUUUGUUAUAUGCUGCUGAUAUGUUACAGUAUCAGUUGCAGAUAACUUUUUAUUCGAUAAAAGUAGUAUGGGGUAUAAACAAAUAAUGAGUGAAUAAUACCUCGUCACAACGCUCAUCAUAUCACCCUUUCUCUAAAAAUAUCUUACAAGUUAUAGAUCAACCAGCUCGUUUUCAAGCUACGUCAGGGAAUAAAUUCCUCCUGUCUUAUAAAAAUGCAGUCUUCAUUAAAAAAAUCUGGACCUAUUGUUCUCUGCUAUUUUAUGGUGGAAGUUUUCCAUACCUCAUUAACACAAUAAUAAGAUAUAAAUUCAAAAAAAUCUACAGUUUUGUUAGGCAAAAUUGUUCCUUUAAUAUUGUAGCUUAGGCAUGUCUGAAAAAAUAAUUUGUUUGGUCAUAAUUAUGUCUUGUGUCUGGAAAAUCAGGGACCACAUGAAAUCUUUUAAGUUUAAGCUAUGCUGGACUGUUAAGUUUGUGUUCUUUAAUUCGUGGUAUGUACAUUUGUAUGUAAAUUACUGUGUAUUAUAGUUUGUUGGUUAUUAUGCUCAAAUGGUCACAUAAAUGUUAAAAAUGAAUAAAAUUGAAAACAUUUUA